AUGACUGAACCCGAUACCAAGCGUGUCAAGACUGCCAACGGAGCUCCCUAUGAGCUCAUCUACUGGCCCGGCAUCCCCGGUCGCGGCGAAUUUGUCCGCCUCUUGUUUGAGGAGGCUGGGGUUCCCUAUAAUGACACGGCCAAGUCGGCCAAUGAUGCUGUUCAGACCGUCAUCGACCUCGUGUCUCCUGACAACAAAGGCGAUGAGAUCAACCCACCAACGUGUACUUGUCCAGCCCUCAAACAUGGCGACUUGAGACUCUUCCAAACACCAAACAUUCUCCUUUAUCUCGGCCCCCAGCUUGGCCUGGCUCCAAAAGAGGGCAAUGGCAUCUACCACAUCAACCAGUUAGUCUUGACCAUCUUGGAUUGCUUCUGCAAUGAGGUCCACGACACACACCACCCUGUAGCCGCCAAGGACUACUACGAGGACCAGAAGCCCGAAGCCAAGAGGCGAGCCAAGUCGUUCAUUGAGGAGCGACUCCCCAAGUUCCUAGCCUAUCUCGAGCGCGUGCUCGAGGGAAAGGCGAGCGGGGAUGGCCCUUGGUUAUACGGCGGAAAAUUGACAUAUGCCGACUUGGUGCUUUUCCAGGGCAUUCACGGAACGGAAUACGCCUUUCCCAAGACCAUGAAGAAUAUGAGGGAUUCUGGCAAAUACGACCGUGUAUUUGAGCUCUUCGAGGCUGUCAAGGAACGACCCAACAUCAAGGAAUACCUUGCCAGCAGUCGCCGUUGCCAGUACGGCAACGGUAUCUGGAGGCACUACCCCGAAUUGGAGGAGGAUUAG